CCCCACUUUCUGCUAGUAUCAUGCUUCAGUAGGGACUCGAUCUGGGAAUCAGGAAGUAAUUGAAGUGCAGUUGUCUAGCUUGUCUGCUCUGCUAGGUUAGCUAACGUUAACGUACUUAAAAUGGGACUGUUUGGGAGAACACACGAAAAGCCACCGAAAGACUUGAUAAAUGAAUGGUCUCUCAAAAUCCGAAAGGAGAUGAGAGUGAUUGACAGACAGAUUCGAGACAUUCAGAGGGAGGAAGAGAAGGUCAAAAGAUCGAUCAAGGAUGCUGCUAAAAAAGGCCAGAGAGAUGUGUGUGUGAUCCUUGCUAAAGAGAUGAUACAGUCCAAACGUGCCGUCAGCAAGCUUUACGCUUCGAAAGCCCAAAUGAACUCUGUACUUCUCAGUAUGAAGAACCAGCUAUCUGUGUUACGGGUGGCAGGAGCCCUCCAGAAGAGCACGGAGGUGAUGAAAGCCAUGCAGAACCUCGUCAAGAUCCCCGAGAUACAGGCCACCAUGAGGGAACUGUCCAAAGAGAUGAUGAAGGCCGGCAUCAUAGAGGAGAUGCUGGAGGACACGUUCGAGGGCAUGGAGGAUGAGGAGGAGAUGGAGGAAGCAGCGGAGGCCGAAGUUGACAAGAUCCUCUAUGAGAUCACAGCCGGUGCCCUUGGCAAAGCGCCCAGCAAAGUCACAGACGCCCUGCCUGAAAUGGAACCAGCCGGAGCCGCCGCAGCCUCGGAUGAAGAGUCAGAGGAGGACAUCGAAGAGAUGCAGUCUAGAUUAGCAGCCUUGAGGAGUUAGGAAGUCCUCUUCUCUCCUCUGUCCUUCUGUCCGCCCAAGGAUGUACAAAGACAUUAUCGGUGUAGGGUGUACCUGGGGGGUAUGCACAUCAUGCUCUCCCUCUUCCAAAUAUUAUUAUUUUGGAUAAAACUCAGACCGAGACAAUGCAUUGCCAUGUUUAGAGCUGAGUUUGAUUAAAACAAAUGUUUUUCCAGAAUGUUGGGACAGUCGGCCUUAACAAGGAACAUCUUUGUUUUAUCCAAAGUUUGGAAUGCAGAAAACAAAAAUGUGUCUUGCUUUUAAUGAGUUAACGAUGCGCCCCUUCUGCUCUAUCUGUUUGCUGUUUGCAUCGACUCAGAUAUCAUUUAGGAUUUCAUGAUCUGUGAUGUAAUUACACUCAAAUGUGGUCAACAUACUUAAUAUGAGCAAAGUAAUUCUUGAAUUCUUUGUGUCUGCAACACUAGAACUAAAAAGAGAUUUAUUUUCAUCUUUGGAAGUUUGUCUAUGUACAGUACAUAUGUGUCUUUGUUAUAUGUUGUCUGUCUCACAUACAAAAGUGUGUUUGUCAAGAGUAAUGCAUGCACCUCUAACGUUUUUACAUUGAAAUUCCGCCUAUUAAAGUGUUUUGUCCUAAAAAUGUCUUCUGGACAUAUUUAGAAGGGGAUGGUUCAAUCAAAAUAUUUGCUAUACUUAUGUCAGACUUUAUGUAAGGUUUCUUUGUGUGUAUACAUUGUUUUGUAUGUCGGUUGGAAAUUAUGAAAAUAAACUUUUGAGGAUGGAUA